AAUCUCAUAUUUUCGUUACUGCCAACGCUGUUUCCGUUGAUACUUCAAUAAACGGUCCACAGCCUAGAAACAGAAAGUAACAAAAAGCGUUGUGCAUGUGAUCAUUUUCGUCUUUUUGGUAAUAAGCAUCUAAUAUGCGGUCUUUUUAAGCCUGAUAUUCGAUAAAACGAUGGGUCUGCAGCAUUAGAGACAUUAUAAGAUUCUUCACGCAAUUGCUUCUUUAGUUUUUUUGGAUGCUAUAGUCCGAUAAACGAUCGCCUACCAUGAUUAGAAUAUUAACGUCGCGAAUCUGCAAAUCUUUUGAUCAGCACAAAGUCAUAACUACAGUUUUUAUAAAAUUCCAACAGCACCGAUGUUUGGGUCAUCCUGACUGUCUAACAGUAAAGCAUGCUGCUUCAGUCUCUAAUGGUGAACAUGGUGGAUAUGCAAAGCCAGUGGACCAGAUCCUUACACCACCUACCAAUCAAACCACCAUUCCUGAUACACAGAAAAGUUCACUUAUGGGGACGUUUAAUUUCCUAGUGAAAAGAUUACAAGAGGAUGGCAUAUCAGUCGCAGCUUUUCGUGAAGUUUUGCAGGAUGCUAUCAUUGCCAAUGACAAAAAUCUCCUUCCCAAAAUCGUAAACGUACUGGAUCGAUCCCACCUAGUUGCAGAGGCCCUUCAUCUAGCAAACUAUUAUGAGAUGGAUGACAGGAUUAUCCCAAAUGAUGUCGCCAAACUCAGACAUGAUGGGAACAGUACAGUGCACAUUCAUGGAAAGAAGGAAACAGAGGACCCAGAACGUUUUCUUUGCCUCCCACAAACUGUCAAGAUGACAAUGGUCAAUUCAAAGCACCUUUUUCAAACUAUGGUCAAGUCUAUUUCACAGCCAGGUACCAAGAUUGGAUUUGACUGUGAAUUCAGCUUGAAUCUUGUGAAAAGGACUCAGCAACGUGUGGUCCUCGUUCAAAUUGCUGUCCAGGAUCAUGUGUACCUUCUUGAUGUACCCCACUUGUCAAACAUUCUGAGUACAGAGGAGUGGAUUGGCUGGGCUUUUAUCCUCUUUGGCAGUGACCAGACGCUGACUAUUGGUUAUAAUCUGGAUGUUGAUGCACAGUUAUUAGGUACAACACUCCAGUGUCUGAGGGAACAGCUUAAUCAGAGGCAGGGUGUGCUGGAUUUAAGAGAUAUUUCACUGCAGAAACUAAAUCCUCAAACACUGUCAGAUAUAAAGGGUGAGAACAAAAGCCGUCGAGGCCUUGCAGGCCUGUCAUAUGCAUAUCUGGGUAAAGAACUUGAUAAAAGAGAGCAGCUAAGCAACUGGGAGCGCCGUCCUCUUCGUCCAGCUCAGCUACAGUAUGCAGCACUUGAUGCCUACAUCCUGCUAGAAUUGUAUGACCAAAUGAAUGCCGAAGGUGACUUUACUUAAUAGUUGUAUGGCUGACCCCAGGCAUUAAAAGGGACAAAUACAUCAGUGCAAUGUAUAAUCUGUGAUCAAGGCAAAUGUUGUGACUGAAAAAAAAGGCAGGGAAUUGGAAUUCAUUGCAAUGACAAUGGUGUCCAUAGGACAUGACUUUAUUUGCUGCACUGUAUGGAAAGUCUUUUAACCAUACAUCAAGACAUUGAAUCUAGAAACCUUUACAAAUGCAGAGAGAGAGAAGCCUUCAGAUAUUAUUUAUAAAUAUAGGUAAGUUUUCUCUAUUUAUAUUGUGGUCUUUGGAUUCUAAUAAAACUGUCCAGCAUUU